AUGGAUGUAACUGACAAUCCUUUCAUAAAAAAUCGAUCUAGUACUCGAGUUACAAAUGCGCCUGGUGGAAAUUCUUCGCUAUCGUUUGGAAAUUAUAUAAGUGAAGAAAAUGAAAAGCUUCGAGUUAGAAAAGGAAACACCGGAUCACAAAUGAGCACAAGCACAGAAGCUGCUGGAAAUUCAGACAUUAACAAAACCACAAAUCAAACAGACAGAAAAACAAAUGUCAAAGUAAAUCAACCCCCUGGAGGAGCAUCAAGCAUUAUAUUUGGAUAA